AUGUACGGAGCCAGGGCGGGAAACGAGAACAGCGGGGCCGGCGCGGCAGGCAGCAGGGCCGGCCGGCGCGGUAGCGGCGGCAGCGGUGGGCCGCGAGUGGCGUUGGGCGACGUGACGGCGCAGGUGAACAACCGGGGGCCGCGGGCGGGCGGCAAGGACGCGCGGGCGGGCAAGCCGCAGGGUGACGCGGCUGUGCAGGGCGGCGAGAAUGUGGAGGAGACGGUGCGGGCGGUGGGGCCGGUGUGGGAUGCGGCGGCGGAGGCGGCGGUGGCGGCAGCGGCGGCGGAGUACGGCGGGGCGCCGGACCCGGCGGACGAGGACACGUGGGACGCGGUGAUGGUGGCGGAGUACGCGCCGGAGAUCUUCGCGUACUUGCGCGGGCUGGAGGUGCGGUUUGCGCCGGCGGCGGACUACAUGCGCGGGCAGCCGGAGUUGCGGUGGGAGUACCGCGCGACGUUGGUGGACUGGCUCGUGCAGGUGCACUGCCGGUUCCAGCUCCUGCCGGAGACGUUGUACCUCACGGUCAACAUCAUCGACCGCUUUCUCAGCCGGAAGACGGUGACGCUCAACCGCUUCCAGUUGGUGGGCGCGGCGGCGCUCUUCAUCGCGAGCAAGUACGAGGAGAUCAACUGCCCGACGCUGCGGGAGUUGCUGUACAUGUUGGACAAUGCAUACACGGCGGACGAGGUGUUGAAGGCCGAGCGGUACAUGAUCGACACGUUGGAGUUUGAGUUUGGCUGGCCGGGGCCGAUGUCGUUUCUCCGGCGCGUGAGCAAGGCCGACAACUACGAGUACGACAUACGAACCUUGGCGAAGUACUUGUUGGAGACCACCAUCAUGGAUCCGCGUCUUGUCGCGGCACCGCCCAGCUGGCUCGCGGCGGGCGCAUACUACCUCAGCAGGAUCAUCAUCGGGUACAACACGUGGACGCGCCAGCACGUCUUCUACUCGGGGUACACGGCGGAGCAGCUCGUGUCGCUCGCGACCGUGAUACUCGAGAACUGCAGGCACGCGGAGACGCGCCACCAGGCCAUCUUCGAGAAGUACUCCAAGAGCCGCCAUCGCCGCUCCGCCCAGGUGGUUGCUCGGUGGAUCGCGAUGGCGGAGGAGAACCUCCAGCCGGCUUAA